AUGGAAACGGUAGAAAAACUUGCAAAGGAACAAUUUGCUUCCAUGUUGAUGGAUAAGGACCCACAGAAUUCUUGUUCUUCUUCUGGUAAAAUUGAGGAUGAUAAUUCUUGUAAAGGAAGUAAUAAGAAAAGGAAAAUUCAAUCACGUACUGGUAGUAGUGAUGAGAGGAAAAUUAGAUUUCCUCACCGAUUGGAUAUGGCCACUUCUGGAGUGUUGUGUUUGAGCAUGACAAGGGAGAGCUGUGCUUGUUUGAGUACAAGUUUUGAAGACAAGACGAGUAGGAAGUUUUAUUUGGCCUUGUUGAGUGGAGAUGUGAAUUUGGAAGAGUUGAAAAUGAAUGAAAAAUUGAGGAAUAAUGUCAAGGUCGUGAAUGAAAAUGAUUGCUCGAAAAUUAUCAUAACAUCAUUCAUUGGAAGAGAUGAUGGAGGAAAUAAUGAAAAUGAAGAGUAUGAUCCAACUGGAAGAGGAUUUGUCAUGAAACAAACAUUGGAAAAACCUAUUGAAGAUUUGAGUAAAUACAAGACUAAGCAGGAGAGACAGCAACAUCAAUUUAGAGAAGGGACGUCAGAGAUGAUCAUUCUCAGUUAUGGACAAGUGGAAAAUAAGCCAGUUACAAAGGUGCUGCUGAGGCCACUCUCUGGUAGAAAACAUCAAUUGAGAUUGCAUUCACUCCUCUUAGGACAUGCCAUUAUUGGAGAUGAAAUGUAUGGAGAAAAUGAUGGAUUUUCAAGAUUAAUGUUACAUGCCUAUUCGUUGCAAAUUCCAAUUGAUAAGGAAUAUCUUUCAGGAGAGAAGAGUAAACGAAGUAUCAAUGUGAGAACACAAGAUCCAUUUGACAAGAUUUAUGUGGAAAAGCAAGUAUUGGUAGAUGAAUCUAAAUUGGUAGAAAUUUUGGGAACUAGAUAG